CACGUGCAGACACUGUACUGAGGUAAAGAAGUUAUUUAAAUCGAUGUGUGUUCCUUAUUUUUUGCUCGAACUUGAUCAGACAGAGGACAGGACGGGCCUCGCCGGAGCGCUCGCUGAGCUGACCGCCGAGACCAGCGUUCCCAUUGUGUUUGUGAAACGGAGAAAGCUAGGCGGCCAUGGUCAGAUCCUGAAGGCUUAUCAAGACGGCAGACUUCAAAAGCUACUAAAAAUGAAUGGCUCUGAGGAUCUUCCCGAGUCCUACGACUAUGACCUCAUUAUCAUUGGAGGGGGCUCAGGAGGACUGGCAGCUGCUAAGGAGGCAGCCAAGUAUAACAAGAAGGUGAUGGUCCUGGAUUUUGUCACUCCAACUCCUCUUGGAACUAGAUGGGGUCUUGGAGGAACAUGUGUGAAUGUGGGUUGCAUACCGAAGAAACUGAUGCACCAAGCAGCUUUGUUAGGACAAGCCCUGCGAGACUCUCGGAACUAUGGAUGGAAUGUCGAGGAGACAGUUGGACAUGACUGGGGGAAGAUGACGGAAGCCGUACAGAAUCACAUUGGCUCUCUGAACUGGGGCUACCGUGUGGCGCUGCGGGAGAAGAAAGUCACCUAUGAGAACGCAUAUGGGCAGUUUGUGGGGCCUCAUAGGAUUAAGACAAUGAAUAACAAAGGCCAAGAAAAAACUUAUUCAGCAGAGAGAUUUCUCAUCGCUACGGGUGAGAGGCCACGUUACUUGGGCAUCCCUGGUGACAAAGAAUAUUGCAUCAGCAGUGAUGACCUUUUCUCCUUAUCUUACUGCCCGGGUAAGACCCUGGUGGUCGGAGCAUCCUAUGUCGCUUUGGAAUGUGCUGGAUUUCUUGCUGGCAUUGGUUUAGAUGUCACUGUUAUGGUACGGUCCAUUCUCCUUAGAGGAUUUGACCAGGACAUGGCCAGCAAAAUUGGUGAACAUAUGGAAGAACAUGGUGUCAAGUUUAUAAGGCAGUUUGUGCCAAUAAAGGUUGAACAAAUUGAAGCAGGGACACCAGGCCGACUCAGGGUGAUAGCUAAGUCCAGCAAUAGUGACGAAAUCAUCGAAGGAGAGUACAAUACGGUGUUGCUGGCAAUAGGAAGAGAUUCUUGCACAAGAAAAAUUGGCUUAGAAACCGUGGGGGUAAAGAUAAAUGAAAAGAAUGGAAAAAUACCUGUCACGGAUGAAGAGCAGACCAACGUGCCUUACAUUUAUGCCAUUGGCGAUAUACUGGAGGGGAAGCCAGAGCUCACCCCCGUAGCGAUCCAGGCAGGGAGGUUGCUGGCUCAGAGGCUUUAUGCUGGCUCCACUGUCAAGUGUGACUAUGAAAACGUUCCAACAACUGUGUUUACUCCUUUGGAAUAUGGUGCUUGUGGUCUUUCUGAAGAGAAAGCUGUGGAGAAAUUUGGGGAAGAAAAUAUUGAGGUUUACCAUAGUUACUUUUGGCCAUUGGAAUGGACGAUUCCAUCAAGAGAUAGCAACAAAUGCUACGCAAAAAUUGUCUGUAAUAUGAAAGACAACGAACGUGUUGUGGGCUUCCACGUGCUGGGUCCCAAUGCUGGAGAAGUUACACAAGGCUUUGCAGCCGCACUCAAGUGUGGACUGACCAAGCAGCAGUUGGACAGCACCAUCGGGAUCCACCCCGUCUGUGCAGAGGUAUUCACGACUCUGUCGGUGACCAAGCGCUCUGGGGCGAGCAUCCUGCAGGCUGGCUGCUGAGGUUAAGCCCCAGUGUGGAUGCUGCUGCCAAGACUCCAAACCACCAAUGUGUUUCCUUGCCCAAAUCCAAGGCGAAGUCUUCAGGAAGGUUCCUGGGCUUCAACACCUGUGUGUCCUGUGCCUACACCACUCAGGGCCCCCUUGGAUCUCACGGGUAGGAGGUGGUGAAUGGAUGGCAGGCAGCGUCACACUGGGGUCACCAUGACGGACUCGGAACUGACCUUCGGCAGUGCAUCGCGGGAUGCGUCCAUGAAGUCACUGGCCUCAAGCCCACGCGGUGGGCCGUGACGGAACAGCUGGCGAAGCGGUUUCAGCAUGACUCUCUCUGGCUUUUCUUAUCUCUCUGUCAAGCUUCUAAUGUUGGUUAUUGUUUUCUCUUUCCUUCCAGGUGUUAAUUGUUAAUGAUUACUAGAGAUGAAAAUGUUAGCACUCAAUUUUUAUCCAAAGCAAGUUGUGGCUCGAGUAUGCACAUAAGGUGCUCUGUUGCUUGGGCGGUGAGAGUUGGCUCACUUGGAGACUAAUGGGCUCGUCCCAUGAAUGGGAGCUGCCCUGGGACUCACAUGUUCUCUUCUACUCGACUCACCUCUUCAGCAGUGUCUCCUAAUAAGUUACAUGGUCGAGCAAGUAAAUGUGUGAUUGACUCUGGCCAAAUUUGCCCCCAUGUGCUCCAUCACUAGCUGUAUUUUCAGUUCUGUUUAGGAAAGGAAAUGCUACUCGGCCAGCAUGCCUGCGGCGACAUUCCACUGCAUGGAACCUCGUGGUCCAGUGCGACCGCCAUGGUUACUCACCAUGGAGGCAGACUGCGCCUUAAAGCAGUUCGUCGGGUGCUGGUCUGAGCGAGCUGAAACACUUAACACUUGUUUAAAACUUUAAGCUAAAAACACAAAUUAUCACGGCUUUAUUUUUCAUAUAUAUUAUGUAUCCGUCCCUUCCUAAGAACUACAUUUAUAGGAAAAUAGGUCUUUCCACACUUAGAAUUUAACUCUUUUGUGGUAAUUGCUUUUUUAAGGAAGCUGUUAAUGUCAUAAGUUAUUAUUUUUGAACAGGUGGAUGUGAAGGAUUUUCGUUUAAAAACCAAGUGGUUUUCACCUUUUGUUGGAUGCGUGGCUGUCCCUGCGGGGAUCCUGGUGGAGGUGCUGGUGCUUCUGUAGCCUUCCAACUUGUGCUGUCACGAGGGGUGUUAACUCCCAGGUAGAUUUCUGUGUGAAUAUACUGAUGCGGGUGAUACUCAGGCCAUCUUCUCCCUCUGUAAGUUGGAUUUUAAACGUGGGCUGUGGACAUCAGGCCUCCCGCCAGCAGUUCUUAUAGCACCUUUUCCACAGCUCCCCUCUGCUCGUAUGUCUCAGCCACAACACCGAGCCACCUCAGGGAACCCGUGCAGGUGCCUGGCCUUCCGUCCGCAGAGCCCCUGCCCCUGCCCACCGGGCCCUGCCUCAUGCCCUCGUCCCACCUGUUACAUGAUGGAAACGAGAAAAGGAAAAAUUGAGGGGGGACCUGAGGCGGUUGACUGUGUCGAGUUUUAUUUAUUUUUAAAUUUGUUUUGUCUCCAAGUCUGCCAAUCUCUGAAAUCAGAAUAGUAGGCAGGGUGAGACAGUUGUGCCGAAUCAUGUGGUUCUCCCUGCUCCGUGGACUGGAGGGUUCUGCCCCCUAAGAAGAAUCAUACUUCACGGACUUGCCUUGUUUAGAUUCUAUAAUUGCCCAGUGUAUUGAAACAUAUUAAGUUCCAUGUAUUUUUGUUAAAAUUCUUCUGAAAAAAAAAACCCUCACACCAAUGUGAACCAUUAAAAGGUAUUGGUACCCAC